AUGAUGGAAGAGUCGUAUAAUAAUUACACUGGCAAGGCUUCAAACAACAACAACAAUAAUUCUAACAAUAAUCAAAUGGUUCCAACAAACAGCCUUAAUUCUCCCCAUACAACUACUCAACAUUACACAAAAUAUAACAAUUAUAAUAAUAAGAAUGGUCAAAUAGCUACAUAUCGGAAUGUUAGUGUUAGUAAUAGUUAUAGUGGAAAUCCAAACAAUAACACUACAACUUCUACAAUGGCAGCUCAAAGUUCUUAUGAAAAGAGUUCAAAGACUACAACCACUACUACCUACAAGACAACNACAAGAAGAACCUACCGACAACAUUAUGAACACUCAUCUUCUUCAGUACAAGGCGCUUCAUCCUCAACUGCUACUGCUGCUAUUACCUCAGCUGCUUUAACAUCUACGGCUAAUUCACCACCUCGAUUAUUAGUUACACAUGCUUCAUCUAAUAAUGUUACUCCUAAUAAUAAUUCAAGUAUGAGAUCAGAGAACUCUGAAUGUGUUGAUGUUUUCAAGUCCAUUGAAAUGGAUACAAAGUAUACCACAAAGAAGAUGAAGUUUAUUUUAUAUUUGAUCUAUUACUAUGUCUACAACUACUUUUUAAGAUACCUUAUUAUUUUCCAUAUCAUGUAA